CAUAGGGUCACAGUUGCUACGCCGCGUUAGCUUCGCUGUUGCCGGGUGUAAGGUGGAGGCGGAGUGCAGCCUGUUGGUCGGGACGGACGGGGGCAGACAGAGGACGCAGCUGUCACAUGCUGGAUGUUCGGUGCCUUGGAGCUGACCUACGGGAUGAGGGAGAGAUCUUAAAGAACAUAAUUCUUUAAAUGGGGAAACGCUUUUUCUGUUAACGUGAAACCAGUCAUCAUCCGUUAGAAUAUUUCAAAGUUGUGGACCGCACGUACGCACUGUUUGGACUGGAGCACGUUCGGUCGUUUGAAUAACGUUACCGGGGAGACGGUAGUUGAGACGACGGACGACUAAGCUCUAAAUACGUGGGGCCAGUAAUUUUUUUUGAACCUUCGUCGCAGAGAAUAAAACCAACACGGGAUUAGAUCUGCUGGAGCUGAGGAGGACAUUGUAAGAAAGCGAGGAUCGAAGCAGCAUGGUUACCACAAAGGGAGCCGGUCUGAACCCCAAUGCUAAAGUGUGGCAGGAGAUCCCAGCCAGCCAGAGCGACGUCCCGGAGGGGACCGAGGAUGCUCCGUGGCUGCUGACCUACCCUCCUCCCGCUGAGAUGGCCGACGGUUACUCAGACGUUCCCUCUUCAGGGGGAAAAGGAUGUGACGGUGAAUAUCCUGACAGCACUGCUGACUUUGCCUCUGUACCUACAGAGGGCAUUGUUAAUGGCACUGACAACCCUGACUUGGCAUAUUUAGCCUUUGACCCACAAUGCGAAUCAACCGUAGAUGGUGAUGCUUGUAAGGAAGAACCAAUGUCUGAGGAGAGCCUCAGAGAGUCUUUAAAGAAACAGCUCGAGUUCUGCUUUUCAAGAGAGAACCUAUCUAAGGACCUGUACCUAAUAUCCCAGAUGGACAGUGAUCAGUUUGUUCCCAUCUGGACCAUUGCUUGCAUGGAGGACAUCAAAGCCCUCACCACUGACGUGGACCUAAUCCUGGAAAUACUGCGAGCCUCUCCCAUUGUGCAAGUUGAUGAAACUGGAGAGAAGGUUCGCCCAAACCACAGUCGCUGCAUCAUUAUUCUGAGAGAGGUGCCAGAGACUACUCCAGUUGAGGAAGUGGAGGCUCUCUUUAAGGGUGAAAACUGUCCUAAAGUGUUGAGUGCUGAGUUUGCACACAACAGCAACUGGUACAUAACAUUUCAGUCAGACAUGGAUGCACAACAGGCUUACAGGUACCUCAGAGAGGAAGUAAAAACGUUCCUGGGAAAACCGAUCAUGGCUCGCAUUAAGGCCAUUAACACAUUCUUUGGUAAGAACGCCUUCCGCAGUGUGGACUCCAGUGUGUACAGUCAGCAUGCCCAGCCCCAGGCUCAGUAUGCCUCCCCGGUCUACAUGCAGCAGCCAUACAGCGCUCAGCAGCAGUACCCCGUGUACCCGGUGGUCUCUCCAACCUGGAACCCCUCCGUCAUGCCUUAUUUUGAAACACCACUGGCCCCUUUCCCGCACAGCAGAUUCAUAAAUGGUUACAACAAUCCUGGGAACUACGAAGCAAACUCCAGCUCUAUCAACACCACACGACCCAUGAGCAGGAACCGAAAUCAUGUUAAGGGCAACCCAAGGCCCGGAGACAUGCCCCCUCUUGUGAGCCUGAUGGACGGUCUGUCUGGUCCCUUGAGUCCACAGCCCAGUGAGACCUCAGGAGCGCUGACUGGCACCGCUUCAACAACAGCCGCUGUACCCUCCUUCAGCUUCAAAGACCUUUCUCCACACGCCUCCAUACCCAAUGGGUAUCUGAACGGAGCUGCCCGGGGCCGGAGAGGUAUCAACAGAGGCAUGAGGAGAAGAAGAGAAGAUGAACAUUCCCUGAAGCCUGUCCCUGUGAUGGAGGCCAAGGCACAGCCUGCACCGAAGUUUGACCUUGAGGCUUCGAGCUUCCCUCCUCUGCCGGGGUCUGUGGUUAGCAUGCGGGGAGAUGCCAUGCCAGAGGUGCGCCUUUCUGAUGUUGUGCGCGGCCUAAAGGUGACCAACAAGCCUGUGAGCCAAGAGGUUAACGAGACUCGUCUCACAAACAAGUCUGAAGAUGCUGCCGUCACGCCAGAGCCUGUUACUCCGGCUGCUAAACCUGCUCCUGUGACACCGCUCGCAAUGGCACCUCCAGUCUUAAGUGUUUCUCCUACGGUAGACGAAGAGGAAAAAGCUGAGCCUCCUAUUCCAAAGGAAACGGUCUCCCCUUCGGUGCAGCCUGCCUCCCCAACAGCCUCUGAACCGGCUCCCCCCUCCUGCAGCCAGUCUGACGCUACAGAGGUCCCUUCCCCAUCUCCUCCAACAUCUCCAACAUCAGAUCUGGGGGCAAAAAAGCUGAGCUAUGCAGAGGUUUGCCAGAGAAUGGCCAAGGACCCACCAGCAGCACAGACGCCCUCUCCCUCCCCCCCUGCCUCCUCCGCCGGCCAACCCCUGCAGGAGCUCAAGGUCAAUAGAGUCGAGGAGCAUCGGCCCAACUCCAGGCGCACUACAGAAAACCGAGAGAAACACGGAGACAGCCGCCCCCCUCGUCAACCACUGCGCUCCUUCAGAGGGGCGAAUGGCCAAGUACGACCUGGAGGGCUGAAGACGCGGGAGAAUCAGAGAGGCUUGAGUAAUGCUGGCAAACCUUUCUCCCCACAGCGGGGAGCCGCCAGACGCAGUGGCAAAGAACAGAACAUUCCCCCAAGGUCACCAAAAUAACUAAAGAAAAGGGAACCUAUAAACAUGGACUUUAACAGAAACUAAAACGAUAUAUGUAAAUAUAUAAUAUAUGUAAAUACACAGAUGAAUAUAUUUCAUUUGACAGACUUUUUCAAUUAAUCUAGUUGCAGACCUGAAAUUAUUAAGAAAGACUUAGUAGUUGUACCUUUUUGAGGUUAAAUGCAUCUAUUCUGCUGACAGAAUGGAUACAAAAAAAAAAUACUGUGCUUCAAAUUAUAUCACAAUGAAGUUCUCAGAAGAUCUGUAUUGUGUGUGUUUGUGUUUUAGGAGAGAGAUGGAUCCUGUUACUUUUAAAAUAUAAGGUAGUCUAACAUCUAAAAAGCUCUGCCAACACCCAAAAUGAUUACGGCACAUUUUUUUCUCCGCAUGUUUAUUGUUGGCAUAUUCAUCUUGAGCUUUCUUGUCAUAUUUGUUUUGCGUUGAAAUCAAGGAUCUAUGAUUAUUUAUAGAAUAGAGAAUUUAAUCCAUGACGGAAUCGUAGAAACAGGACUGCGGUUCACUACUGAUUUUAACUUUGAAUUUAUGAGUAGUUGAAUACUGAAUACUGUUUGUCGAUCCACAAAUAAUGCUUGUGAAAACAAACGUACAUGGAUUCAGAAAAUUGUGGUGUGUAAAUGAUUAGAUUUUUGCGAUGCAGAUAUUAUAUCAAAACCACUGACAUUUGAACUAAGCCCUGUAGUAGGGCUGCUUCUUUACUUUUUCUACAGGAUUUAAUUUGUGAUUUAACUAGUGUUUUCAACCCUUUCUUGUAAAAAUUGUAUUUUUGAAUAUUCAUGAGUUAGUGAUCAUCCUAAUGACCUACUGUUUCUGAGGAUUAUUAGAUGUAAGCAGAAUGAAUGUCUUAAUGUUUUUAUCUAAUGUCAGUAAUGCUGUUGUGUGUCUCUGAAAGCUAGAUUACAGGGUUCGGUGGCUGAUUUUGGUUUAAGGCCCAGAUUCUGUUCUAGCUAGUUCUUAAUUUUGAUUAUCUUGAUUUAUUUUUAGAGUAGGAUGGUAAAUCAUGAAGUAUGAGCUGUUUUUUAAUCUGCGACUAGCAUUUGCAUGAUAAUUACUAAAACAAAUUGGAUGAUCUAAGGAUCUCAGGAUGACAAAUUGAAUUUGAGUUUUGGCUUCCUGUUGAUGAACUGUUUUAAUGUUGAUGCCAUGGCCAGUGUCUAAACUUGAUUUGGGGACAUUGAGUGCCUGCAUCAUCUGUUUUGAUUUAAUAGAUGAGACUUCAAAUGAAUGUAGUCCUUUUGGCAAAAAGAUACACUUGAGUUUGAUUUUGUAAAUGUCUAUGUAUCAGCUUGCCUUGAGCUUGUGUGUGUGUAUAUACAGAUUUAUUUUUGGGUUAAUUUCCUUUUUUUUUUUCUGCUGACGUGUUUAAUUUUCUAUCAAGUCAUGUUUUCCUCAUGUUAUUGAAUUUAAGUGUAAUAUUGGUAAAUGUGUGUGUAGAUUGAUCUGAGAAAAGAUACUUGGAUAUGGACAUCUGAGAUGGAUAUAUAGAAGUAGGAAACUUGUUUCAUAGAAAUGCUCAACUUAAGCUUAAAUGUCUUUCGAUUUUGUGUUUUCAUUUCAACAAAUAGUCUGUGAUGUUGUACAUGGAAAUGAACAACAGAUGAGUAAGGAUAAGGAAUUACAGAUUUUCAGCAUCGGGGGUUAAAAACAUUUCUUUUUGGAGUUCUAAUCGUGUUUUUUUUUUUUUUUAAAGUUCUCAGCUUGUAGGGACUGCAAUGUAAAUUAUCGUGUCUUGUAAUCAGCAGUUAAAAUGUCAUGUCCUUGUAAAUGUGUAUGAAAGAUAUUGCUUCUUCAAACUACAUGGAACAAUAAUAUCAAAGCAAACCCCCAGUGCCUUUUUAACAGUGUUUAAUUACAGUAUAAAGAGUGCAAGAAUUGUGAACACAUCAAUUUGUCAGACUAAACAAGGCUGGUUAAUUGGUUGUAAAGAUCCUGCAUUAUCAGUGUAUGACACUUGGGUACACUAGGUCCUCCCCAAUGUUAAUCUCAGUUUAUUGUGGCUGCAGCUGCAGGGCUGGGGCUGGUUGGAGUUCAGCUUAAUGUGUGUGUGUGCGUGCAUGCCUGUUCAUCAUAUGUCUAUGAUACAGUUGAUUUUGUUAGCUUGUCAGUGCAGUUUUAGGCCUAUUAUAGAAUACUGCUUGUUACUCACAAUGAAACAAAUUACAGCCAAGUACACACUGGUUUAAUAAGUGAAUAUGUUAUUGCUAAGCCUAAGGUAUGAAAAUAAAGAUUUAUUUUUAAAACA